CGCCCCUUCCUCCCAAACCGUGACGCUACAGUUUGUUGCAUACGUCAUUGCGUACGUAGUACACGCCAAGACGCACGCAACGUCAGCCUCACUCGACGGUGUUCGACUCCGUAGUUGUUCGGGCAGUCUUGAGGUCGUCGCUGAGCCGUUACUAUGGUGAAGAUCUUCAUUGGGAACAUUGCCCAAGAGGCGGAGAAGGAUGAGCUGGAGGCUCUGUUCACGCCGUACGGCCAGGUCACAGAGUGUGCGAAGUACAAGAACUACGCCUUCGUUCACAUGGAUGACCGGAAGUCGGCCACCAAAGCCAUCCGCGAGCUGCACGGCCACAAGCUCCACGGCAGGCCCAUCAACGUGGAGCCCAGCCGGGGCAAGAACAACGGGCCCGUGAAGCUUCACAUCGCCAAUGUGGAGAAGGGCCACGACGACGAGCUCCGCGCUCUGUUCGAGGAGUACGGAGACGUGUCCGAGUGCGCCAUCAUCAAGAACUUCGCCUUUGUGCACAUGCCCAACAGCGAGGAAGCGAUGGACGCAAUAAAGGGACUGGACAACACCGAGUUCCAGGCCAAGCGCAUCCACGUCCAGAUGUCGAGGAAUCGCCCGCGGGGCGGAGAGGAGGAGGAGGAGUACCCUCCGCCCAUGCACCGGGGAGGUUACUUCCCUCCCCGGCAUUACCCGGGACCGGACCACCCCGACAUGCACUACAGAGGGCGCAUGCAUGGGUACCCUCCUCCCCCACCCCCGCCACCUCCUCCGCGUCGGCCCGCCUACCCGGAGCACCCAUACGGCGGCGAGCGGGACGGAUACAACGUGGUCGACUACUACGAGAAGUACCGGGCAAGACCCUACGCCCCGGCGCCCUACGCCUCCGCCGCCCCGCCUUCCUACCCGGCACCCCCGUCCUACGCCACGGCGCCCUCCUACGCCCCGGCGCCCUACAUGGACAGGCGGGCGCCCCCCAUCCCACCACCACCCCCCUCUGCGAGGGAGCGGCCCUACGACCCCUACGAUGGUCGUUCCCUGGGCGCCCCUCCUCCACCCACUUCGGCCGCCGCCUACUACGCCAGGGACAGGAGUCCCAUCCGGCGCACUCCUCUCCCCACCCCGCCGCCCCCAUCCGGCAACGGCUACUCGUACGAGAGGUCCCGGCUGUCACCGGUGCCCCGGCCCCCCAUGUACGCGCUGCCCCGACCCAGGGACCCGUACGGAGCUCCGCCGCCACCGCCGCCACGCUAUGCUGGCUAUUAUUUACUGGUGAAGGUUACCAUACCCCUCGCCCCCUGCACAGGGGUUGACGUAACGCUAUGCCAGGAGUCGGCGCUACACGGUAAGUGUCCAUCAGGAGACCCCUCUGACAGGAUGAGCUGGGUCUGCCGGUCUUUCCGACCACCCCGUCUCCAUGACGGGAGCGAUGCUGGGCCCCGCCUCCGCCUGCCCCGCCCUCGACGGCCGGGCCUCACGUACGUCAAAGAGCACCUCAAAGCUGGCCACGGCCUCGCCCCGCUCCACCCGGAUCAGCAUCUCGUAGUCGCCGAACUUCACCAGGGCCGUGGACCCGACGUCCAACCUCUCCAGGUAGACCAGGGAGAUGCCGUCCACGGACACCCGGCCCCGCUGGCUCAGGCUCUGAACGCUGAACUGGAGGUGGGGGCUCCGCGGGGUCCGGAAGGCCUGGACGGACAGCUGCUUGCGGGAGACACGGGGGUCGGCCAGGGCGAAGAUACAGGCCUGCUGGUCGCGGCCGAACCUCAGCGGCUCGUCAGCGGGAUGGGCGUGGUGCCCCGCGCCCGGGCCCAGGGGCAAUCCAAAAGUAGAAUGGUGAAGAUAUUCGUGGGGAACCUCCCGCGGGAGGCGGACCAGGAGGAGAUCGAGGCCCUCUUCAAAGAGCAUGGCACCGUCACCGAGUGCUCCAUUAUCAAGAACUUCGCCUUUGUCCACAUGGACGACCGCAAGGCGGCCGUCAAGGCCAUCAAGAUCCUGCAUCUGCACAAGCUCCACGGCUCCCAGAUCAACGUGGAGGCGAGCCACGGCAAGAACCAGGGUGCCGUGAAGCUGCACGUGGCCAACGUGGACAAGGGCGAUGACGGGGAGCUCCGCACGCUGUUCGAGGAGUACGGCAGUGUGUCGGAGUGUGCCGUCGUCAAGAACUUUGCGUUCGUUCACAUGUGCAACUCGGAGGAGGCCAUGGAUGCCAUUAAGGGUCUGGACAACACAGAGUUUCAAGGUAAACGUAUACACGUGCAGAUCUCCAAGAGCCGGCCAAGGCACGAGGAACAGGACGACUACCCGCCCCCACCCCAGGAGGGAGGCUACUGGCCGCCACACGGGUAUCCGGGCGACCGACACGAGCCCCCCCCACCGCCGCCCAACUACAUGAGGGGCCCACCCCAUCACCACCACCACCAUCACCAACCCCCCCACCACCACAUGCCCCCCGGCUAUCCCACCCCCCCUCCCCCGCCCCCUCCCCCCCGGCGUGCGGUGUACGCCGAGCGGCCCUAUGAGCGCGAGCGCGAGGCCUACGGCGUGGUCGACUACUACGAGAAGUACCGCGCCCGCCCCUACGGCAUGCCGGCCGCCUACGACGACCGCCGACCCGGCCCCGUGCCCCCUCCUCCCCCCUCGAUCGCCGUCCGUGAGCGCAUCCUCACGGCGCCGCUCGACCCGUACGAUCGCCGCGCCCUGCCCCCGCCACCGUCCUCGUACUACCCCCGAGAGCGCAGCCCCCUCCGCCGGGCGCCGCCCCUCCCCAUGCCCCCCACCGGUAACGGCUACGGCUACGAGCGCUCCCGCCUCUCCCCCUCUAGGCAGCCGCCGCCGUACGGGGUGGUGCACCGCCCCCGGGACCCCUACGCUGAGCGGUUGCCUCCGCCACCGCCGGCACGCUACGCUUAUUAGCUCCUCCGCCCCCACGCCCCCUCCUCCCAGCGUGCACGUCAAGGAUCGUUCCGCUCGCCAGAUGCUCUCGGCGCUCUUCGUUUCCCCGGCGACGGUGGAGCGCGUUUCGUUCCCCGCUCUCAGGAGGAACCGUCGUCCUCGUCUCCUUUAUGGAUUAUAUUUCAUUUGUAAUUUUAAUUAUAACAUUCUGGAGCAGAUUUCAUAUUUUUAAUCGAUUCUAUCUUUGUCACUGUGCUGUAGUCGUUUUAACAGUCUAUGGCUAUAGGUCGUUUUUUAUUUUGUAAUUUUGUAAAAAUUACGUUGAUUAGUGUUCUACUAUUGUGUGUGUGCCAUGGGAAGCUUUUUUAAAAGCGUCACUUGUUUUGGAGGUUCUAUUUGGUAUCGAACGUACGCACUGGGUCCAUCUGCUGGGCCAUCCCGUUCCAACGGCGUAUAACAGCUUGGUAAACUUCUGCUGUGACUUAAAUAUCACAUCGUCUGUAAAGAAAGAAUACCGAAAUGCGAUUUUAAAGAAAAAUGUCGCCUCCUUUGUUGGAAAUGGUUUUCAAUAAAGGCCUCAUACCGUGAUCCCGAUGUUCUUGAUACUUCAGUCGCACGUUUCUUUAUAAUAUAUUCGUCGACUAACGUCGCUCCCUGCAUAAAAUGUCUGAUCGCCAUUAAACCCUGUAUACCGACUAACUGUCCCAUUAAAGGGUCCCGCUUCCACCACCAGGUAUGACGUUGGUCAGCCACUUCAAGCGAAAUGUACCCUAGUGAGUGACGUCACACGUGGGCGUGUCCACGGUCAGAUUGUUUGGUGGGUAGGUCAGCAUAACCAGUUAGUAUGGCCCACUGGGUGUUGCUGAUCUAUCCCUCGUACGUCUGGUUGGUUGAUCUCAUGUGUGACGUCGCACUGGGGUAGAUUUAAAGGGAGGGGGGGGGGGGGGGGGGGGGGGGGGGCUUUUAAACGUCACACUUGCUGGUAGAAUGGGCCUUUUUUGCCGGCAGUGAGAAGCCUCGAUCACAAACGGCUAACCGCCAACCUCGUGUCCACGUAGCCUAUUCGUCAUCCUCCCCAUCACUCUCAAGUGGGCUUGGAACAGAUCCUAGUCCGGUUGUACUCCAGCUCUUAGGUCCUCCUAGUGUUUUAAUUUAUACCGCGUUCAUGUGGGGCACGGUGGUGGAGCUCUUUCUUUUAACCUCAGGUGAGUACAUGCAAGAACCCCAGGAUACAGGUAACGAGAGUGCUGAAGGUUUUCACAGUGACUUGUUUUAAAGGAGAACCAGACACCAACACUGCACAUGUUAUGCGUUCCAGAUGACUCCGUCUAGAAGGUAAUGGCUUGCUGUUGCAUGCAUUGUCGCUCAUUGGCUGUGUUGGUUACCUGCUGAUUAAGCAUUGAUGCGACACAGCUCUCUUUAGGACUUUUAGGAAACUACACUUUAGGAAACCGAACGGGGGAACCUAAGAAGGGAAAAAUAACUAAAUUUCCAGGUGGUGACCAGGUGUUUGGUUCUCUUUUUAAAUGCGUUUGAUAAAUAGUGGAUGUAGAACCUGCAGCCUAUAGCCUUUCACUGGCACAAUCACUAACCGUUUCCUGCUCAUUUUUUAACGCACUAUGUUGAAUUGGAUUUAAAUUGACAAUUUAUUUUGAACACUUUGUUCAAAAGGGUUUAUUAACCCAGUGAAAUGCUCCCAGUGGCAUUCUUCAUUAAACUCCAUAUGGAGCUGAGGCUAGUCUCAAGUUAAAGCUUUAUUUUCAAUCCUCUCAAUGUCACCCCAGAAAAUGAUCACUAAGAUGGAUAGAAAUGGUAUGGAUUGACUUGCCAAUCCUAGAUAUUGGUGUCAGGUAUUUACAUUGAUCAUAUUCGCUGAUGCAUAUACCAUAUUUUAGCCUGGUCUCGCACCGAUGCAGAUGGUAAGCUGGUGAAAAGAUGGGCAAUAUGAAAACAGCGUGUCUAAAUUUGUCUAACCUCUGAAACAUUAGCAGGACAGUACUUACAAGAAGGCCUACUCAUUUUGUAGAUCUUCAAGAACCUGCAAUGUUUCUUCUCAAUUGCGUCAACAUUUUGUAAAAUGAACUGCCAAUAAAACAAGUUUUUAUUUUA